AUGGACGGAUUCAACCCUUUCAAUGGCAAGCCACCGUCCAACGGCUCUGGUUCGCAAGGUGAUGGAGGCUCGCAGGGUCCUGGUGGUCCUGGCGGCCCUCCCACUGGCCUUCCCAUGGCUCCCACCAACGGUCAAGGCGGCGGCGACUCUGGACCCGGUUUUACGUCUGCCGAAUCAGCGCGACAGACUCUAUGGAUGGGUGAGCUGGCUGGCUGGAUGGAUGAAUCAUUCAUCCGCUCCGUCUUCUCAUCAACUAUGAAUGAACACGUUCAAGUAAAGAUUAUUCGCGAUCGUCACUCUGGUAAUGCUGGGUAUUGCUUCGUCGAAUUCUCUGGACCAGACGCUGCGCAAAAGGCUUUGCAAUUGAACGGCUCACCUGUUCCGAAUACUGAUCGAGUAUUCCGCCUCAAUUGGGCCUCCGGUGGUGGCCUCGUCGACCGACGCGACGACCGAAGCCCGGAAUACUCCAUUUUCGUUGGUGACCUUGGCCAUGAGGUUAACGAAUUUGUUCUUGUAGCACUCUUCCAGGCUCGAUUCCCUAGCUGCAAGAGUGCUAAGAUCAUGACGGAUCAGCAAACGGGACAAUCUAGAGGAUAUGGCUUUGUUCGCUUUUCUGACGAACAGGAUCAGCAGCGGGCUCUUGUGGAGAUGCAAGGUGUUUACUGUGGCAAUCGACCAAUGCGUGUGUCCCCUGCGACGCCAAAGAACAGAAGCCACCAGGGCGGGGGUUUCCAGAAUUUCGGAGCCCAUCAGAUGAUGCCACCUCAGCCGGUUCAGCACCACGGAGGUAUGGCCAACCAAUGGAUGCCUCCGCAGCAGCCCAACUACGGUUAUCAGCCACAAGGAGCAGCACCUGGAUUUAAUCCAAUGGCUAUGAAUCAGUUUACGGACCCAAAUAACACCACUGUCUUCGUCGGUGGACUCUCGGGUUAUGUCACUGAGGAUGAGCUGCGAUCGUUCUUCCAAGGUUUUGGUGAAAUAACUUAUGUUAAGAUUCCGCCUGGCAAGGGAUGUGGCUUCGUCCAAUUCGUUCAUCGACAUGCGGCUGAAAUGGCCAUUAAUCAGAUGCAAGGGUAUCCGAUUGGCAACUCGCGCGUCCGAUUGUCAUGGGGUCGUUCCCAGAACAAUUCGGGGGUAGGCACCCCUUAUCGCCCUGCUCCCCCGCCCCCUCAUUAUUUCCCUCCUGGUCCGCAAGGUCCUCAAGGUCCCCCCGGCCCUCCUUUCGGUGGUCCUCCGUUCGGUGGUAAUGGUCAUCAAGGCCCACCCCCGGGUGGCUUGGGUCCUCAGGUAGGCCGUUGUGACCCUGUAUUCAAAGAGAACAUUGCUAACUUUGAGACGUUGUAG